AUGUUUCUUAUCACAUUAGGUCAUGGCUUUACUAAUAGAAUGGUACAAGAAAGGUUCCAGCAUUCAGGGGAUACUGUGUCAAGGUGGUUUGGGAUAAUAUUAGAAGCUAUAUCUCGAAUGGCUACUGAUCUCAUAAGUCCUAGUGAUCCUGAAUUCAAAAGAGUUCCAAAGAAAAUUAAAGAUGAUAAUCGAUAUUGGCCAUACUUUAAAGAUUGCAUUGGGGCAAUUGAUGGAACACAUGUACCAGUUGUUGUGCCUAGAGAAAGGCAAGUACCUUAUAUUGGUAGAAAAAGGCAUUACUACCCAAAAUAUCAUGGCUGUAUGUGA